AUGAAAUACUCAGAAGUAGCUGUCUUUGCAUUGCUUCUCAUGGUAACCAUGACAACAGUUGCCAUAGAUGAUGAAGAAGGAUGCGAUGAAUCUGAAAGCCUUCUUUUGAAAUAUACAUUUGAACCAAGUGGUUUGAAGUACACAGAACCAGAUGUCAAAACUAAAAAGGCUACCUUUGCCAUGGGCUGCUUUUGGGGUGUGGAAUCCACUUUUGGUGCAGCACCUGGAGUGGUGAGGGUCAAAUGCGGAUAUACUGGAGGAAGCAAACUCAAACCAACCUACACUAAUCUUGGUGAUCACACUGAAUCUGUUGAAAUAGAGUAUGAUCCUACCAAGACAACAUAUCGUCAACUUCUGGAUAUAUUUUGGAAGACUCAUGACCCAACUGAGUGGAACAAGUCGCAGUACAAGUCAGCUGUAUAUGCACACGAUGAAGAACAAGAAAUAUGGGCACAAGAAACUCUCUUAGAAGAACAGAAAAAUUAUGGAAGUAAAGUCGUAACAGAUGUACUGCCGGCUGGAACAUUUUAUGAUGCAGAAAAUUAUCAUCAAAAAUACUUCCUGCGUUUCCAUGACAAUCUGUUACAAAGCCUGGGAAUGGGGGAUGGAGAGUUACUGACUUCUUACCGAGCAUCUCGUCUCCUUGGUUACAUCACUGGGAAUGGUAGCGUGGAGGAAUUCAACAAAGAAGUUAAAAACUUAGCAUUGAGCAAUGAACAAGCCAACUACAUCAGAAAGAUUAUACGCAAUAAAAAUAGUGGUUCAUGUGCGAAGAAAUCACCAUAA